AUGACCCAGGACGAGAAACGACUCUACAAGCCCGAGGAGGCAAUCUUUCAUAACGAUGGCCGGGAGGAACGACUUCUCGAAUUCAUUCGAUCUCAUCCUGAUUACGACCAAAUGCACGGCGAUCCGAAGCUAAUUUUGGCCGCAAUUGAUGAGUACGGGCAUAAAUGCGCCUUCCUGAUGAACGUCGGAUCUGAGAAAGGCAAGAUUGUAGCCGAGAAACUCAUCCCCGAGCUGAAGCCUGAUUUCAUGGUCGAGCUCGGAGGGUAUUUGGGUUACUCAACUUUACUGUUCGGCAGUGCUUUGAAGACCACAGGUGGUCGCAGAUAUCUCAGUCUUGAAGCAAGUCCCAAGUUUGCAGCCAUCUCACGUGCACUUGUCCAGCUAGCUGGUUUGGACGAUAUAGUCGAAGUUCGUGUUGGUCCGUGUCGCGAAUCUCUCCGCAAGCUGCGGCAAACUUAUCCGACAGGCGUGGUCGAUGUACUUUUCAUCGAUCAUGCUAAGCUAGAGUAUGUUAAUGAUCUGAAGCUCUGUGAGGAGCUCAAUCUUGUCGGUCCAGGGACUACUGUUAUUGCUGAUAACGUGAUAUCGCCUGGUGUCCCUGACUACUGCGAAUAUGUUCGAACGCCAACUAGCCAUAAGAUUGAAAAAGUACAGAAUGAGAAACUGUCAUUUUUAAAUGAGGACAGCCGCGACAGGUCUUUUGGAAAUCCAUAUUUGGUUUAUGAAACUAGGCUGAUCGAUAGUUUUCAGCCAACUGGCGAAAAGGUAGGUUUCGCUCUUGUCAGCUCAAAAGCGAUUCUGUACUAA